AUGAAGAGAAUUAGUGGCGCCGUCUUCUCGUCCAGCGGAGAGACUAUCCCGUUAAUCGACAUUGGACCAUCAUUCAGCGACGAUGCAUCCGCCAAGGAAGCGGUGGCCGCGGAUAUUGGAAAGGCUUGCCGCGAGAUCGGCUUCUUCCAGAUUACGAACCACGGAAUCAGUUCGCAGGCCAGACAAGGAGUGAUGGAACAAGCUAGACGCUUCUUUCAUGACUUGCCGCAAGCGAAGAAAGACGCACUCCAUAUAAAAUACUCCAAGCUGAUGAGGGGAUACGAGCCGAGUGGGGUUUCUAAUGUCAAUCCGGAUGAUUGGAAGGGGCAAGACGGGGAGGGCAAGGAGACGAAGGAAGCUUAUAACUGGGGAUACGAACCAGGCCUUGAUGCGACGGGAGGCGAUGGGAACUAUGUUGAGCUCGACUUGGAGCCGUAUCCCAAGGGGGCAAACGUGUGGCCAAGCGAUGAAGACUUGCCGGGCCUCUUCGAUGCAAUUAGGCAGUAUCAUUCUGAGGUCCUCACACUUGCCCGGCAUCUGGCUGGCCUCUUCGCUCUUUCCCUUGACCUACCAGAAUCCCACUUCGACAAGAUGAUGACGCAUCCAGGCACAAUCGCCAGGCUGCUCUACUACCCUCCGCAAAAGCCCAAAAAGGCCACUGCUCAGGAUGAAGAGAUUGGUCUCGGUGCACACACAGAUUACGAGUGUUUCACCCUCCUGUUCUCCUCCGAAACACCGGGUCUCGAAGUUCUGUCGCCUAACCCUGACGAAAACGGAAGGCCGAAAUGGAUCUCGGCCCCGGCGCAUCAAGAUUGCUUCACCGUUAACAUUGCAGAUUUCUUCGAGCGCUGGACCAACGGGCUUUACAAGAGCACUGUCAGGGUACGGCUAGGCCGAAGGCAAUACACUGUCCACAGAGUAGUUAAUCGCAGUCCGGACAAGGAGAGGUACAGCGUGCCUUUCUUCUUCUCCAUUAAUUAUGACGAGAUGGUGUCUACGUUGCCGACGUGCAUCUCUGAGGACAACCCGUCGAGGUUCAAUGAUAUUCAGGCAGGCCCGUAUACGUUGGAGAGGUUGAGGGCUACGUUAAAGGAUGCUGCUGAUGAAUACCACAAGAAAUAG